AUGGAAGACGAGUUUGCUGAGAGAACGUACCGGCUAUUGAAUAUCAAGACCGCGUCGGCGAGAGAUGUCGAAAGCUUGCAGAACUGGCUGGACGGCACUGGGUGUCUAGCUCGGAAGGAGAGUGCGUAUCUGGAACACAAUCAUGACCUUGCCUCGCUGGCUUCCGCCGGCGAUACCGCCACUUUACGUAUUGAGACCUGGGUGGAGGAUAGGCUGAUUCGAUUUUGGCCUGGUUAUCACAAGGAUCGGGCAGAUAGUAUUUCAAACGACUCACAUGUGUACCUCGAUGUGAAUCCCUGGGUUGGCCAGCUUGCCCGGUUUCUCCUUUUACUCGUCAUCACACUUCUGCUGCUGAUGCCAGCUGUUAUCUGUAACAUGAUUGAUGGGCUGUUGGUUCGGAUGGUGGUCGUGGUCGUCUUUACAAUGGUAUACCUCGCGAUGCUUUUGACAUUAAUCAAAUCGAGGACAAUGGAGUUGAUACUUGCCGGGGCAGCGUAUGCUGCUGUCCUCGUCGUCUUCGUGUCUGGUAGUGAUACCCUCAAAACCGCCUAG